AUGCCCACCGUCAACUUCAUGUCGCUCUACCUCAACUACCUCACCGGCAGCUUCCCGGAGUUCGUCCUCAACAGCAGCAACGUCACCUACCUCGACCUGUCGCAGAACAACUUCUCGAGGCCGAUACCAGACACGCUGCCGAAGAAGCUCCCCAACCUCAUGUACCUCAACUUGUCCGUCAAUGCCUUCUCCGGCGGGAUACCAGCGUCGCUGUCGAAGCUGAGGAAGCUCCGGGACCUACGGAUUUCAACCAACUAUCUGACGGGGGGCAUCCCCGAUUUCCUUGAGUCCAUGUCCCAGAUGAGAGUUCUUGAACUUGGCGGCAACCCGCUCGGCGGUCCGAUCCCGCCGGUUCUUGGCAGGCUCCAAAUGCUACAGCGCCUUGACCUGAGGAGUGCCAUGUUGGUUUCCACUAUUCCACCGCAGCUGGGCAACCUUGGCAAUCUCAGAUUCACGGACCUGUCCAUGAACCAGCUCAGCGGUGUCCUGCCGCCGGAGUUGGCCGGGAUGCGCAAAAUACGGGAAUUUGGCAUAUCAUCCAACAAUCUCGCCGGUCAGAUUCCACCGGCUAUGUUCACCAGCUGGCCAGACCUCAUAAAUUUCCAAGUGUUCAAAAACUCAUUUACCGGGAAGAUUCCGCCAGAAAUCGGCAAGGCAACCAAGCUAGAAAUCUUGUAUCUCUUCAGCAACAACUUUACCGGCUCUAUCCCGGUAGAGAUUGGCCAGUUGGUGAACCUGGUUCAGUUGGACCUGUCCGUAAACUGGCUCACAGGCCUGAUACCUCACUCGCUUGGGAACCUCAAGCAGCUCACGCGGCUGACGCUGUUUUUUAAUGAGCUCAUUGGUGCCAUCCCACCGGAGAUCGGCGACAUGACAGCACUGCAAGUACUGGACGUCAACACCAACCAUUUGGAAGGCGAGCUGCCCACGACCAUCACAUCACUCGGUAAUCUCCAAUACCUUGCGCUGUUUGAUAACAACUUCACUGGUACCAUACCACCGGACCUCGGCAAGGGGCUGAGCUUAACCGAUGCCGCCUUCGGGAACAACAGCUUCUCCGGUGAGCUGCCGCAGAGCCUGUGCCACGGCCUCGCGCUGCAGAACUUCACAGCAAACCACAACAACUUCAGCGGCACCCUGCCGCCAUGCCUGAAGAACUGCGCAGGCCUGUACCAUGUGAGACUGGAGCAGAACCAAUUCACCGGCGACAUCUCAGAGGUGUUUGGCGUCCAUCCCAUCUUGGAUUCCUUGGAUGUCUCGAAGAAUCAGCUGACAGGGAAAUUGUCGCCUCAUUGGUCACAGUGCACCAAUCUUACACUUCUAUCCAUGAACAACAACCUCAUGUCUGGCAGUAUCCCUGCAGCCUUGUGUCGAUUGACCUCUCUCCGAUCACUGGAUCUAUCAAAUAACCAAUUCACCGGGGAGCUCCCACACUGCUGGUUGAAAUUAAAGGCACUGGUGUUUAUGGAUGUGUCCAACAAUGGUCUGUGGGGUAACUUUCCUGCCUCAACGAGCUUGGAUGACUUUCCUCUCCAAUCACUUCGUCUUGCUAACAAUAGCUUCUCCGGAGAAUUCCCAUCUGUCAUUGAGACUUGUUGCAGUAUGCUCAUCACACUAGAUCUUGGGGACAACAUGUUUGUUGGUGAUAUUCCGUCUUGGAUUGGAACAAGUGUUCCUCUUCUAAGAGUUCUGACCCUCCCAUCCAACAAGUUCAGUGGUGUCAUUCCAUCUGAGUUGUCCAAACUUUCUAAUCUGCAAGUACUUGACUUGUCCAAGAAUAGCUUUACUGGAUCGAUCCCAGGAACGUUCGGCAACUUAACAUCAAUGAUGAAAACACCAAAACAAGUUUUCUCCAGCAAAAAAGUAGAAUCUUCUGGAAGGCAUGAUUUUGUCCAAGUGAGACGGAUUUCCACAUUUUCUCGGAGGACAGUGCCAGCCAAUAACCCGUCGCUGCUGGAUAAGUACCGAGACAGAGUUAACAUUUUCUGGAAGGGCCGUGAACAAACUUUCCAGAAAACAAUCGAAAUAUCAGGUAUUGAUUUAUCAAGCAAUCUACUCACAGGGAACAUCCCUGAGGAGCUAACAUACCUUCAAGGUCUCCUAUUCUUGAACUUGUCUAGAAAUGAUCUGUCAGGCAGUAUUCCAGAAAGCAUUGGUGGUUUGGAGCUAUUGGAGUCCCUUGACCUCUCAUGGAAUGAACUUUCAGGUGCUAUCCCUCCUACCAUUUCAAAAUUGAAUUCGCUCGGCGUGUUAAAUCUGUCCAACAAUCUCUUAAGGGGCGUCAUACCCACUGGAAGUCAGAUGCAGACAUUUGCAGACGAAUCAAUUUAUGGCAACAAUCCGGGGCUUUGUGGGUUCCCGUUGAGCAUAGCUUGUUCGGAUGAGGGAACUGAAGACCACCAAGAACUUGGACGAGGUAUAUGGUUGUGGUACUCUAUAAUCCUUGGCAUCGUUUUCGGUUUUUGGUCCUGGUUUGGAGCUCUGUUUUUCCUCAGGCCAUGGAGGUUUUUCUUUCUCCAAUUUCUUGAUAAGUUAGGCAGUAAGUAAGGUUCUUAUAUCCUCAGAUGUAUUUUUUUCUCUGCAAUUCUAAACUAAAUAAUUUCAAAGUUUUCUGUAUCUGUAGCAAGCUUUAGAAAUUGUGGAAUUACUUCCUUCCUUUGG